AUGGCGGACGGUGCGGAUUGUUCAAGGCCCCAGUUUGGAAAUCGAUUCCUCUCUGAUCCAGCCAAAGUUUUUGAGCAUAAUGCUUGGUGAGACAUAUAUGAGAUUUUAUUUAUUCUAUACAUCAUCAAGGAUGAUGUUGUGUGGUUAAGCGUUCAGGAAACAGCCGCGAGAACUAAUUUGUCGCGAUUGAGAAUUGCUUUGGCGCGAAUGUUUGAAUCAGGGAUUUCCAUUUUCUGCUCGUCACUGACGCUACAGUUUAUACAGGGACAAUGUGGAAUGGGACAGUGAGCAAGAAAAAGCUGCACAACAGAAGAUAGAUGAAAAUUCUUGUAUUAAACUCGGAGAGGAUGAACAAGGUACUUCUUGCUAACAUCUUACACAGAACUCAAGUUUUAAUUUUCAUUUAAAGGGACUAAAUUUCUGAUCUGAGUUUCAAAUGUAUGAACUCUUUAACCCUUUACACCCUAACAUCAGUAUGCACAUUCUCCAUUCUGUUUUUUGUCUACUUCCUAAGGUGCUGAAAAGGAGAAUUUGUGUAACAAUCAAGAGCUUUUUUAUUUGGUGAUCAUUUCCUUUAUUCUUGUGACCUUUAGGUAUGAUUCAGGGGUGAUGUUGUAAGGAGAAUUUAGAUGCAAGUCACUUAAAAGCGUUAUAGAGUUAUUCGUAAUAUGACUUGAUGGGAGAAAAUGUUUCAAUUGGUCUGUUCCACAGAAAUGAGGAUGAUGACUUCCCUUUUUGAGCAAUCAAAUCAAUUCCUUGACAUUUUUCAACAAUGUACAAAGUUUCAAUGAAAAUAUAUGAGAAAGUUAUAUUUUUAGGGAAGAAACGUAAACCAAGAAGUCAGUUUUUCUCUCCCCCCAAAUAACAAUAGCUAUUAAACAAGGGUUUCAGUGGCUCAAGGUGUUAAACUUUUCUGUCCAAUCUACAUUUAGCACUGUUUGAGGAUAAAGCUGGUAGCUUCUGGGAUGAAUUUUACAUGCAACACCAAAACAGGUAAAACUGGUUUUAAAAAACACAGUGUGCUCCCUUAUUUUAAGCAUGACAGGUAAAAUAAAUUUUCAAACUGGCAAAUCCUUCUUACCUGCUGAAUUUUCAAGAAUUCCAAGCAAUUUUAAAUGUUAAUAAGAGGUACUACAGGUGAUAAAUGUUACCAGUUACUGCCUGAAAAGGAGAACAGUGCAAAACCCAAAGAAAGGAAAUCAACAAAAUCUUAAAAACUAUAAUGUCAAUUGCCAACCACGCGUAAAACAAUCACGGACAAAGGCAAUUAAUACCGCAAAAACUGUUAACUCUGACAAUAUUCUAUCUUAUUGUAAUUUGAUUUUGUUCUAUUGUCCAUUUUUAAAGUUUUUAAUUUUUUCACACACCCUCCCUGUAUAUAUUUCCAUUCACGUUUUAAAAUUUGUUAAAGCUAUAUAUAAUAGCCGAAAGCUCAUAUUUUAAAACCUUUUUUAACCAGAGAACGUUUCUCUACCUUUUUCACUAUGUCAUAUCCUGGUUACAGGUCAAUUUUUAAUGUCAAUAGGGUUCUCAUCAACCCUAACCCAUCUAGACUUCCUUAGGGGGCUUGUACCUCAAAUUAGUAGUUGUCGUCACUUUUGCUUUACACCCAAACAUCAGUAAAUAUAUUCUCUAUACUCCUCUCAAUAAAUUUCCAAUGGUACUGACCAGGAGAUUUUGUUUGUUAAUCAGUUUCUUUAGUUGGCAAUCAUUUCCUUUAUUCUCAUGAUUGUAAUGUUAAAUUAAGCAGUGAUAUUAUGAGGAGAAAUUAGAUGCUAGUCACUCUAAGAGUGUUAAGAGUUAACCCUUUCCCUCUCAAUAUCUCAUUAGUAAUUCUCCUUACCACCUGCCAUACAGUUCUUGUGAUGUUAGUACAGAUAAUUUGGUAUUGGAUCAAUGAAUAAUCCCUUGACUGAUAUUUUUCUUUGUUCUCCUCACUUGCAUACUUGAUAUUGUGUUGAUAUUGCAAGGAGGAAUUCUGUCUUGGUCACUUAUGGGAGUUCAAGGGUUAAGUGGUUUUCAAAUGUAUCAGACAAUCUGUUAUGUCUUUCGUAAAGUACUUAGAACCUUGUAUAAAUUAUAUAAAUUUGUGAGUAAUUUAAGAAAGGAAUAUCAAACCACAGCUACCAAAUUACAUUGUAAACAAUUUUCUCCAAAGUGCUGCCGUUUGCCUCAUCAUGUUUUGUAUUGAUAUGCAGGUUUUUCAAAGAUCGCCACUGGUUAUUCACAGAAUUUCCUGAAUUAUCAGGACCUGAAACUCCAGAUCAGGGUGAAGCCUCAAGGAUGUCAAGAAACAAUUUGUCUCCAGGGAAUGAAACACAACCAUCAACUGACAGCAAAAAUGAUUCAGCAGUUACUGAGAUGACAGACAAUGAGUUAACAUCAAGCAGACAUUGUGUUCAAGAAUAUCCUGGUUGUGGAAAAAAGAAACGGAUUCUUGAGGUAUGAAAUUGUGUAACCACAUCUCAUUACAACCUUAUAUCCAGAUGAGGUGAUUAAGCAGUCACUGUCAUUUUUGGGAUGAGUCACACUCGCAUACACAUGUUUAAUUUCCUCUCUUGCAGGUUGGUUGUGGAGUGGGGAACACAGUUUUUCCAAUAUUAGAGGCCAACAAGUAAGUUUGUUGAAUAACGUCAAUCAUGCCUUCUGAGUGAUUUUUCCUUUUUGACGAAGGAAAAGGCUUUAUGAGCCUAACAGUUUCAGGAUUAUUGGGGGCAAGUUUCUAAAGAAACUGUGGGAGAGUAUAACAGGGUAAUUUUGUAUUAUUAACUGAGUUUAUAGUGUUAAUUGGCCACCGUAAAGAGUUUCAACCCGUGUUUCUGGAUUAUCAUAGUACAAAAAUAGUAUGGAUUGACCUAUUUAACAAUUGGUUCAUACGUCAGCGUGCAUUCAUCAAGAUAUGAAACACGUAGGAAGUUCGGAGAGCAUGAAAGAUGCGUAAGAGUUGCUUGAGGCAUAGCUCGAUGAAUGCACAGCUGACAUAUGAACCAAUUGUUUUAUAAAAUUUUCAACUCGAUGGAAAAUUUUUUUAUUGAGGGAUAGGUUUGCUGACGUCAUGAGUGUGCACGGUAGGGAUAUGAAGCACGCUUGCGCAAUUGAAUUUGAUUAGACAAAUUUGCUGGCUAUGUUAUAAUCAUAUUUCUAUAUCUUCCAGUGACCCAACAUUAUUUGUUUACUGCUGUGAUUUCUCUUCAAAUGCUAUAAAUUUGGUGAAGGUGAGUUAGAGAUUCAGAUUUUCCUGUGUAUUAUUACUCUGGUAUCUUCUAUUCUCAUGCACCAAUUCAGCAAAGCUUCCUCUAAACACCACACUUGUAAGUCUCAGCACCAGCAAUAAAAGUGACUCACUCUGCUCAAAGUGCAGUGCCAGAAUCACAGCAGUUCACACGGCUCUCAGAACCCAUCUUUGUCAUUUGUAGACAAGACUGUUUUAUUCAUCACAAGUUGUCAGUUGUGGUUGUUUCAUGAUUACUCACUCAUCAGGGGAUUUUAUUGUAAUAAAAUAAAACGAUAAAAUCCUCUGAUUAUUGAGUAAUCAUAAAACAGGCUUGUAGGGAUGAGAGUAUAGUCUCUGUUUUUUUCCCCUAUCUCAAUAUAUAUUGCACUCUACAUCUCCAUAUCAAGCACUGUAUUAUGGAAAAAUUGAAAGACAGACUUCCUAUAAGUAUACAUUUUAAAAUUGUUGCAAAUUUGAAAAUGUAUAUAAAUACAUAAAUGUUUUAUUUUCUCCUGAAAAAGAAAACAAAAAGAUAUAUAUAUAUAUAUAUAUAUAUAUUUAAUAUGCUAGUUGCCUGGAUUUUUCACCACUCACCAUGGUGACAAAAUCAGUUGCAGUGCUAAACAUUUAAUAUGUUUUGUACAGAGUUAACCAUUUCACCUAGAUUGUGCUUAUCUGAACUUUCAGUGCACAAACUGUCAUUUUCCAUCCAUGAUAUUUGCUGCCAUCAGAAUUUUCAUUUCCAUGGUGUAACGUACAUAUUGUCUUCUUUUUUGUAGGAACAUCCAGACUAUAGUGAGGACAGAUGCCUUGCCUUUGUGUGUGAUAUCACAGACAGUUCAUUUGUUUUUCCAUUUCCCAAUGAAAGCCUUGACAUCAUAAUUCUCAUUUUUGUAUUGUCAGCAGUACACCCAGACAAGUAUGUUGAAAUUUUGUAACAUUUCAUAGAUCUUGCCUUUUAUCCGGUAAAACCAAGUUGAAGUCACUGAUGAUCCUUGCAAUCUGAUUGGCUCUUAGCAUUGCAAUGUAUCCAUGAAGAACAUUCCUUCCCUAAUAUGAAUCUUUUCCCCAGCCAUUAAAACAAGUUAAAAUGGACUGAUGUUUUUUUAAUAAUUAAAAUUGCCACUUGUGGAAAGACUAAGGGUAUUUCCCACAAAAAUUUUUUAAUUCCCUCCCUGGUAGUUGUAUUACAAGUGGGUGUUACUUAAUACUCAUUUAGACUUCCUUCCUUCUCUUUCCUUCUCUGUUUGCAGAAUGCCAGCCGUUAUUUGCAGAUUAUCCAAGGUUGGUACUAUUUUGGUAAAAGUCUAGAGUCUUUAAGAUAGUGACGAAGAACACAUGUACAGCUGUAGGUAUUUGUAGAAAGAAAUGACACCUCAACCAGAUGCAAUCCUCGACUAACAUCUUUGAUUUUUCCUUUCCAGCUUCUCAAACCAGGUGGACUGAUUCUCUUUCGAGACUACGGUCGAUAUGAUAUGGCUCAGCUCAGGUUUAAGAAAGGUGGGAAGUGACGCCAUAUUUGGUUCAUGACUUUAACAUAGUUCUGCAAAUAUUGCAGAUACUUUUUAGAGAUGAAUUUUUUGUCAAGAGUCUCUGCCAGUCACCCGAAAAUCUCUGUCUGUCCUAAUUGUCAGAAUUACUAUAGCUUGGGCUGUUGGGCAUUGUGAGCGAGCGAGUAAAUUUGUGCAGUCUUCAGAGUGAAAGACGAGGAAGGAAAGUUCUUUCUCUCCUCCCACUAGUUCCCCCUUGAUAUUUUUUCACUCGUCCCGACAGACUGACUGCUCGUAACAGGCUCUCUAGUCUCUUUACAACUUUCCCUCCUUUUUACCUUUGACCUGUGCAUGACUUGUACGUAACUGUAUGUGGCUCAAGUAACUCACAGUGUCACUGUAGCUCAGAUGACAAACUGUUCUUCCAGGAAUAGCGGCUGGUCUGAGGUUCGAGUUCUUUCGUAAAGAAUUUUUGACACGAUACUUUCUCUACCCUUUCAUUGAUUCUUAAUUUAAGAUUUCACCGAUCCUCGACAAGCAUUUUGGCUCAUUGUCCUUUAAAAUCCAGCCACUCCUGCGAGACGGAACUAUGAACGGCUCCGUUAUUUUCUGUGCGAAAACUUUCGGGCCCUCGACCACUAGACUGCAUUUGUGAUGCUUUACAAGGGGAAAGAGAGAGAGAGAGAGAUGGAGGAAGAGAAAGAGAUCUGAGAAUAAGCCAAAUUUCUCCUGUGGGGGGGUUGGAGUGGAAUCAUUUAUUUAUGUACAGCUUGAUGUAAAUAGAUGUGCACAAUUUGAUCCACUAAAUGGUUGACUUGUGAUGUCUCAAAUAAUCUUUCGAUUUUAGAGGAUUAUUUUUGACCUAAAUGUACGUCUGAGUGACCUCGAUAUAUUUAGAAGGAUUGUUUUAUAGAAAUGUGCCUUAACAUGGACUUUGAUCGAAUUUAUUUUUUCUGUCACGUUUGGACAAGUUCUCCCUACCAAGUUAUGAGUACGUUUUCUUUUGAUUUUUUUGUUUCCCUAGGUAAAUGUUUGUCCGAUAAUUUUUAUGUUCGCGGUGAUGGUACAAGGGUGUACUUCUUCACACAAGGUAAGAAAUUUCAAUGUAGUAGCUCAUUCAAUUUGUGGUUGCCGUUAGAUUUGAUUUCGUCCCGUGACGCUGACGUUUAUAAUUAACAGCGUUAAAAAUAGAAAUAUUAAUAAGUAAAUUAGUUAAAACGUGCGCAUUUACAGACGCACACACUUGAGGUUUUACGAGAGAUAUUUGCCCGGUAGUCUUACGUGUUGUGAGCCUCAUAAUCGACGUACUUGAGUCCACAAAGGAGUUUAAUGAGAAUCGGUGUGAAGGUGAGAAGCGCUGGGAAAACCUUACAAAUUUCUGCUGGUGUCUGCCACUUCUUUCACUAGCAUAUUAGGGAAACUUGUUUAGAAUAAAAUGCUUACCGAAGCGCAAACGAGAAAAGCAGGCUCGCUGUUGACAGUACUCAGGCUACAGAAUUUAUCUCUUGUUGAACUGCAGCAUCAAGGGAAUUUUUUACGAAGUUUAGCCAUCAUGCCGGAAUUAUGCUCAAUGCUCUGAUAAUAGCAUUAUGCGCAAAAUUAUACCGGCUUAAAAUCCUUUGACGUGUGUUCGUUUGAUUGGCAAAUUAUUCUUGCAAAGUUUCUCCGCUCAAUGUCGCUUUACACCGUGGGAAAUGCUCAGAAUUACUUUAAGAGUUGAAUUAAUAAGAAACAUGCCAUUUCUUAUGCUCAAAACAAGAGUGAUGAAGCCGUUUUGAGGUUUUCAUGCCGGAUUAAUUUCUAAGCUUCUCAUAAGCUUACGCCGACCUUCCCGUAACCCGACCAAAAUACCUCCACGAUUGCGCUGAUGGCAGACGCCACGGGAAUCUGUAAGAUCUUCACAUCUGACCUUUUAUGGCGAAUUACACUUUUCCGUUUUACGAUACAUACUGGUGAAGUAACAUUGUGGGUUUUAGGGUAUUUCUGUGGUCUUUUGAAAUUGCUAACCCUCUCUAAUGAAGCCACUUGAACACCUUGCCAUAUCGUGGGAACAAAUUUUUUUGCCCUGUGUGGGUAUGAGAGAAUUUUGAUCGACCCUUAAAGCCGCAGAAAUUACAUGCAAUGUGUGACUAUGAAAACUACAAAUGCAUGUAUUUUUUCAAGGUAAUUUGAAUUUCGUGUUGUGUUUUCAUGACAGGAUUUACUGAAGCAAUUUAGUUUGAAAAUCGAAAACGUGCUGAUUACUUCUUUGUACUGUACGAACGCUUAAUUGUGAUAAAUGGCUUUUUUGCUAUUUCGAACAAACGUGCCGGGUUUGAAAAAAAACAAACAAGUUUCCUGUUAGUGUAACCAUUUGAGUUCAAAACAAGAAUACCUUUUGACUGAAAAACAACAAGCCACCAAACGAAUAGGAUGUUUGUGGGUGAAAAGAACAGAACAUUGUUCACAUGUCUCAAUAAAACUUGUUUACCUGUUCGAGCUGAUGGCCUACGUGCUAAGAAAUCAAUACUCAAACCUGCUCGCCAGCAGGUAAUUUAAUGAUUAAGAAGCGGAAAUCUAGCAUUAUGUUCGAAAACAAACUGAAGUAUUUGAUAUCGAGAUGAUUCGACAUUUGUUGAGUCACUCCUAUCGUACGUGACCAGCUGAUAAUACUCCUCUUGUGUUAGGUGCAAAAACAACUGUGGGCGUGGUUCAUUUUCAGCCCAUCCGCUCUUCUGCCCUCGACCACGAAAAUUGCAUUAAUUUUUUUUUUAGGUUUAUUUUCAGGAAUUGUUUGUUUGAAUAUGAAGGGAACCUAGUAAAUUUUCGAUUUCUUGUAUAGCACAUCUUUUUCGCAGGUUUAAGUUGAUGCUUUUUUGUUUGUAAUGUGAACUGAACAAAUUGCAAAGUUUGAAUGACUCAACUCAAAAAAAUUUCUCUAAACGAGUGAAAUCUUGCUUUACAUUUUAUUCCUAAUUAUAUGAUUGAUUGAAUGUAUAAGAAACACUAUUUAUUUUUCAAAAAAAUUAAUGGCCUUUCGCCAAGGUUGCUUGAAUUAGAAUCUCUAUAUAAAAUCAUUUACCUCAAGAUAAAAUUAAUAGGGCCAAACAUUAGCUUUCAUCUGUAUUUAUCUCUGUUUGUCUGUGCCAUGCGAAUUCUGGGUUAUUGUCAAGGGAAACAGGGCGGAUUCAUUUGAAACAAACUGUCCUAAAGUUUAUAAAGCGUUAUAAUUAGUAAAUAUUCUUCACCAGUAAAUCACUUGAAUGAGUUUGACAACCACAAAAUCUAUCAACCCUUUCAAGUGGUCGCAGCAUUAUACAACUUGGGAGAUGUGGUAAACAAGGCCGCCCACGAGAAUUUAAGACUGCUCACUCAGUGAAUAUCUUUCUUGAGUGACCUGCAAGCCUAUUAAUGAAAGCAAAGUUUGAAAUAUUUAUCUUGUGAGAUCAGAAAGAUUAUAGAGUGCAAUUCGCCUACGAGAAUUUAAGACUGCUCACUCAGUGAAUGUCUUUCUUGAGUGACUUGCAAGCCCAUUAAUGAAGGCAAAGUUUGAAAUAUUUAUCUUAUGAGAUUAGAAAGAUUAUAAAGAGUACAAUUCGUGCUUCGCUGAAUGUUUUUUUUCUCGCGGUUGAUUAAAUCUCUUUGUUACUAAAACCAUAUGUAGUGUCUGCAAUCGUUGUGCUCGCUCAAGCAAUAUUUUGUCCUUAUGAAAUUAAUUUUCACUGCUAUUUAAGACAAGAUAACGCAAGCUAAUCAUUUUUUGUGGAAAAAAGUUGUACUUCUAAAGUACAUUCUCAAUGAUGGUGUUAUAAGUCUAUCGAUACGAUCGCUCGAUGAUCCGAAUUCCGUUUGUAUUUUGCGGCCUGUGCCAACUUCCGUGCGUUUUUUUCCAACUCCUGAUUUCCUAGAAUGUUAGAGUUCCUGUUUACGAUCUAAUCGGACAGUGUUAACAUUUCAAAGCAAACUUUAUUCUAAACGAACAAAUAUGGCUUUAUAAUGAACAAUAGUAGUUUAAGUGUUCAGUUAGCCGGACACAUAUUUAUCAGCAAGGUGUUUUGGCAAGCUUUAAAAGCGCAGAUUUCAACAGGUGUCUAAAACCAGUUCUUAAUUUAUUCCCAGGCCGGUCGGGUCAAUCUUGCAUCACCUGCUGUCGACAGGAAUCAGGAUAUUUUGUCAAACAUACGUGAUGCUAUUUCCAUCCGUCAUCCCGUGUAAAGAAUGCUCUUUAAUAAGCAGAUAUUGCACAAUGUUAAAUGUUAAAUACAUUUAGGGCGUAAUUGGCAGAUUUUUCGAAGUAAAUCAAAGCGCUUUUCUUUUGUUUUGUGAUUAUGCAUUAGAUCGUUUGUUCAAUCUAAUUCACAUGUUAUUUUUGUUUGUCUUCCGCUUUUCUAUCCAUGGAUGUGAGAAGUUUAGCACGAACCACAUUUACGUUGCUUUGAGGGGCUAUUGAAAGAAAUUCACGUCACAAUUUGACCGUCGUGUGGAGCCGAGUUAGCGGGGAAACCAAUUACAGCAGAUUGAUUGAUUUUGACGGUGGUUUUCAUGCGAAGACAAAUAAACUUGCCCGUGGCUAGAGAGUUAUUAAACACUUCUCUGUAGCGACAGGUUGGCAGACGCCUCUGAUUGGCUGCGUGGUAGACUUAAAAUGCCAUAUUGUCAAAAUUACCUGUUAUAUGGUAACGAAGAUUUGGCCUUUAUCAAAGACCUUUUGAGGAGGCAGAACUGUCUUUGUGUGCCACUAUCAAAACAGCUCGUUUCGCAUCUCAUCCUCUUCGGUAGCUCAAAAACUUAGCUAGUUUUCUUUCAGAUUUUAGCAGACUUUCCUUCGCAUCCUGUCUAGUUAAGUUAACGCCAUUCAGCCCAAGCAGUUUUCUUAUCGUUGAGAAAUUUAUACGGAAUCAAAAAAUCACUAAUGGUAUUCUAUGCUCUGAUUAGAUUAGCUAAACAUGCAGUCUCGACUUUUAUUUAUAUUGUCCCUCCCGGGGGGCAGUUACGAGAUUUUGAAGCUCGCAUUUUCGGCUUUGAACAAAUUGUAGAUUUGUAAUAUCCUUAUAAUGCGUUCUUGGGUGGAAGCGAUAAAAGCUCGUAAUGACAGACGGAAGAGCAUUUUCGUGAAAUUUUAUUCCAGGUGUUUGCGAACGAGCUUUCUUGAUUCAAAGAUAACUUUGAUUCAACAGGUGUUAAGCAUAGUCAAAUAUCUUCACUGAUUAAUGCGGUUUCUUUGUGUGCAAUGGCGACAGAAGAUUACGUACAGACUCGCUUGAAAUGAAGUCUUUAUUUAUAAACGAUCUCUCUGCACCUACAUUCUACCGAUUUUUGGGUGUACAAUUUACUGAAAUGGAAAACAUCUCUGCGAUUUCCUUUCUUGAUAGAAGUUAGUUUUUAGUGACGAGUUCCUUGUUGCAAUUUCCUAGAGUUUAAAUGCUCUUAAAUGCAUUUGCAAAGACUGGAUUGUUUGUCAAUUGUUAUGGAAAAGUCAAUCUUAUUCUCUGUAAAAUUCUGGCGAUCUUAUUACUUUAAUCGGACUAUUCUCUACACCAGAGCCUAUUAAAAAAUUUUUUUUUUAAGACCGGCUUCUCUACGGGUCGAUUCCAUUGUCAUCUUGCGUUUGAACAAAAACAUCUUUCAGGAAACAUUUCCAACAUUUUAGUCACAACUGUGAUUUUUUUGUUUUGAGCACCGAUAAGCCAUUUAACCUUAUCGUGGCGCGAUUUGGUGAGCUUUGCUAGCGAAUCGAAAGUUCUGGAAUACAGUUAAUCAGGUUUUCGUGUUAAGUGUUAUUGCCAGGGCAGCCGUUGUCUUCAUGUUUAAGCAGUAGUGACAUUCUUGAAAAAGAUUUGGAGCAAAGACCACAGCUGUACUUUUUCACGUCUGAGUGUGUCUGUAGAUGCGCACGAAGAUUCGAUCUGUCUGCGAAAGCGCGCUGGCAAUUCGGGCAUUUAUAGGGCUUUUCACCUGUAUGUGUUCGAAUAUGUCCUUGAAGUAACCACGGCCGGCUGAAUGCCUUCCCGCAGAUUUGACACUUACAAGGCAGUGUAUGUGUCCGAAUGUGCAUUUUAAGCGCUCCAAGCGACACGUAAAGUUUGUCGCAGUAUUUGCAAUGGAACGGUCGCUUCUGGUGCGGAUGACAAUGAUAUUGUUGGUGUCUCAGAAGCGAUGUCAGCGAUGAAUAAUUUUUGCAGCACUCCUGACACUGGUAGUGAUUUCGCGCUGUUUGCCCCUGGGCAAUCUCAUUGCCAUUUUCAUCAACGCUCCUUAUGCCUGGUUGUUUUUCGUUAGACUCCACGGAAACACUCUUUGGAAUUUCUCUCAGUACGCUGAGGCUCGAAACUUCGGCGGGAUAGGUGAAAAGUCUCUUUUCCCAGCUCAUUUCGACCGGCAUGUGAAGCAUUGUGUUGAUAAGCGGCGGUGUAGUAGCAUGUUGUAAAUCUUGAUUAUAACCUGUUGCAUGCGUGGAUGAAAAAACACAUGGUAGAAUAAGAAAUCAGAUAUCUGAUUUACAAAUUCUACCUGCUGUUAGAAACCAGCGCUCAAAAAUUCAGCAAAUAGGCAGCCGCACUGAGCGGGCGGCGAUACAAUGCAGCAAAGUACACGCAAAUUGGGAAAGUAGCGAGCGAGCGAACGAAGCCCGCUAAGGAAGAAUUCUUGCGCGCACUGCUACCUGUCCGAUAUAAUUGACAACAAGUGCAUCAAAGAUAAUACAAUAGGAUUGGAAUAUUUCACUCACCUUCUCUCGGGCUGGAAAUAAUUGCGUUCGAAGGCAGCUUUCUGAUCUUCUCUGUCUUCUUCUUCACUAAGAAAGCUUUCGGCAUUUUUUCGAAAGCCUAGUCAGGCAGAGGUGUACGAUGAUGUUGAUGUUGUUUUUGCGACAACAGAACUUGUUCUGUAGUCCGUGUAUACUGUUGGGAGUUUAGAGAGCGAUUCAGCUCAAAGCGUUUCACUCGCUUUUAUUGGCUGUUCAUCUGUGACGUCACCCGUCAGGUGUAACACACUUUGAACCGUUCCGCACUAGGGGGCUGGCUUUGGGUCAAAAUUAAAAAAAUCCGUUCCCUAUUUGUAGAGCAGGGUAAACCCCAUUAAAUUCCCACCCCUCGACACAGGGAGUUGACAAGAGCGUCAUUAACUCGAAGCAUAAGUUGCCAACACCCAUUCUUUCGAUUUCAAGAAGUACAAGCCAAAGGAAAUUCCGAUGUCGUUAGAAAGAGUCUGGCUUCAGUGUUAGUCAGUCGAUGUUUGAACUGAAGAGCAAAAAAACAACAGGUGACGGCAUUUUAUUGCCAUUGUUCGGCCAUUGUUAUGAUAUGAAAGUCAAUACAGGGGGAUAAUUAACAAACGCGAACAAUAACAGUUCAAUAUUCGUCGCAGCUAAAAUCAGAAAUUGGCAAACAGUAUCGAUUCAUGGCACCAAAAUUUGCAUCUCAGCCGAAAUAACAGUCAUUUGUCAAGUUAACCAGGUAUCUGUUUAAUCUUUAUGGGCGCUGAGACGAAUGUUAUCGAAACCUUUCUGUUUUGUUUUCUCGGCUGAAAGCGUUGCAAAUGUAUUCAUUCGUCGAAAUGGUUUUCUUUGCAAGGGACAAAUUCGGCUCCGCGAAUUAAACUGUCAGCCUGGCAGGUGACGCGAGUAGGCGAGCCUUUCAAUAAUAUCAUGUCGCUUUAAAAAAGUUUCAUAUCAAAAAAAUAAAUAACAUUGAGGCCAAGAUUACUGAUCUUAUGAUGAAUAUUACAUUUCAGUUCAUUAUUUUGGAUAAAGACAAUUUAAAAACCUCACCAAAUCAUAAUGCCAAGGUUAAAAGCGAGGCAUGUUUUUGGAUGUUUUCCCACCAGCGAACGACCUGUCUGAAGAAUUUUUGAAUUGUUAAGAUGAAAGUGUCUGUGUGUAAGAGCAUUCCAGCUCAAAUCUUAUCAGAAAAUACAAUCAUAGCGCUAAGUUGGAUUUAAAAUCUUAACUAUUACAGGGCGUCGAUUGAAAAUUAAUCAUCUUUGUUAAUCCUGGUUCGGCUCGGGAUUACGCAGAAAAUGAAAGCAAUAUGAACGUUAAUUUUUUUCGUUGUUGAUUUUCCUGGAACAAUGAACGGAAUUUGGUUUGCAAUCUCCUAAAUAUUGUGAACUCCACUUAGAUAAGAACCUGUCGAGUUUAUAAUGGGGAAAAAAUGUUGUUAGCCUUCGGGUAAUUUGAUCUCGAAUUCCUGAAUUGGACCUCCCCACUCUUUUUAUAGAGGUUAUGUCCGUUUUGGAAAGUGUUUUAUUUUUGUGAAGAGAAUAGAAUUUCUUGGCUGAAAGCCCAUUUCAUCAGGUUGAAAAAUACUCAGAGAUAUGAAGUGGUUCUUGUGGUGAAUUUGUAUGAUGAAAGCUGUUUUUCUCUUCUAGUGUUUUCGUACCAGUUUGAGGUUUUCCAUUCAAUUAUCGUUUGGAUUAGUUUCGAGGCUUUCCAUUUCUAUGUCGUGAAUGUGUCACCGAAGUUUUGAAAUCGUUCGUUAAAGCAAUAAGAUGUUUAUUAUACGCCACCAAAACUCGAGCAAUAUACUUCAUAAGUGUGAGUUGUUUGUGUAGCCAACACAGUGAAGUUUUCAAAAUCAGAGCCCUUGUUUUGUCCCGUGUUAGGGGUUAUGUUGUAUAGGUUUAAAAAAUGGAGAUGUUUUCAAAAACAUACAGAUUUCUCGAUUCAAACAAGAUCAACAAGAAUACAGCAGGGUUGCAAAGUAUGGGUGAAAAGUAAUAAGCUUAAACUGAUUAACCCAUCUCGAAUUUUGAUCUGCUAAACAAAAAAGCAGAGACAUCAUCAGUUUUAGCACACAGCGGAAACCCAUGACCAUGCCUGACCUGACAGGCAACCAUCACGGCUGCUUCGUAGCGAUAAAAGCUCUUAUUUCACCCAAUAAGGCGUUAAUUGUUCAAAAGAUCAGCCACCUUGAAUGGGAGCUUCUGGAUCUUUCUUAAUUGAGUGCCUGAGAUGGGCGUUUCUCUGAUAAUAUUUUAAAAUUAACUUUGAAAUGAAGGAAGUAAGUUUGCAAAUGUCUAUCGGACUCACUGCAUCGAGUUUAAUUGUCGUUUAAUUUAACAGUCUAAUUGUAAUUUAUAACGAGGAAAUUGACUGAAAUCGCUCCAAAUUUAGCAAUGACCGCGAGGUAAAAGCUCUUCCCUUAUUGCGGGACGUGCUUUUGCAGUUUUCCUUGCGACAAAAUAUGUUUUCUUUUGAAGAUAAAUGACUUCCUCUAGCGUUGAAGGCAAACAAUCACUUUGGGAAAGUGACGCCAUUCUCUCGACCAAUGGAGUCUUUCUUGUCUAAGAACCCCAGUGUAAUCUUUUGUUCGCAGCAAGAAGAAUUAUUUUCUUUUGUAAUUCAAUAAAAAUAUAUUUAGUGACCUGUUCGCGGACUAUGAACUGUGAAACCGAAAACAUUUAAAAUUCACGUGAUUUAAAAAGCAGUCAAAGCAAAAUUUUAGGUUAAUGACGACAUUUCUGUUUCUUAACGCGUUUUUUAUCAAAAAUGAUUUGGCUUCAGAUACCGAGAGCACUUUUUAAUGCCAGGUGAUUUGACAGCGGGAACACUGACUGAAAAAAGCCACCGCGUUUAGUCGAGCGCGUCUAUUGAUUCUACAUGUUUGUGAACAUAAGAAGCUCACAUGUUUAGCGAGUCGCUUGGCAAUAAUUGUUUAUUGUCUGGUUGCAAACAAAACUUUUUUUGUAGUAUAUAGCUCUUCGGCGUCGCCUAUCAAUACAAACCUCGUUUAUAUUUAGUUAAAGCCACAAGAAUUCACUUUUCAUGCCAGCGUUGCAAGUGAAAACUGUUGUUGUAUUGACUUAAUAGUCAUGUGAGAGUUUCAGGAAGUUGAACAAUGAAGUCAAUGAUUUUAAAACUUUGACCCACACUUUAAAUCCCUUCACCGAACUGUUUUUACAGGGAAGAAAAAGUAGUUAAAACUAAACCUAGCUGUGCAUGCUGAGCGAUUAUCCUUGCCUGGAAACAAGUAUGGCAACAGUACAUUGUUACAAUGGAGAAAAAAGCUCAAAGGUGCUUUAAAAUGCGUUGUUGUGGUUUCACCUUGGGACGCACUCGGCCUUUCACAGCGUGAGGUAUGUUUGGCGUGCUUGCCAUUUUGCAGUGUGCAUCUUCGUUGUUCGAUUAACUUUCCUUUCUUUUCUCUAUUGAGGCCUGAGUCGGGGCACGUUUUUCAUUCAAUAUCCAGCCGUCCUCACUUAUCUCAAGUCACUGAGGUAAUUUUUCUUCGCGGUGCUAAUCUGUGUGUUUCAAACUUGAUUGACUCGAAAAACAUUGACUGUACUUGUGUGGCAUUAAUAUUUUCCGGGUUUUAAUAUUUUCGGAUCUUGAAGAUUUUCCUUGAUCUGCAAAAAUAAAUUCUUGAAGAUCAAAAUCCUACAACAUAAAACGCUUUAAAUGUGUAUUCUCUCAGUCAAACAAAAAUAAAUCCGCUUUCUUGUUUAGUGUUCUUAUACGAAUCAUGUAAAAGCUAUUUCUCAGUACAUCUCGAUAAGUGAGAAAUGUUGGAAGUAUUGCAUUACCUUCCUUGGUAUUGUUCUGCUGUCUGAACUCUGAGAAAACCGCAAAUGUUAUUUUUCUGCGAAAGUGUGAGUCAUCUUGCCCUGCAAAGAUUUGUUUCCGCAAAAUAUAAAAACUAUAACAAAAUUUUCAUGCUACACGGGGUGAUUGAAUUCCGUGUAACCUUGAAGUAGAGUGUGUUUGUCCAACCUCUCAGUUCUUUGGACUAAAAGGUGCUUGCUACGUGUAAAAACAUUUGCAGUUCACUGAAACUUCCUGAAGUGGGAUUAAAACCUAACUCUGAGUUCCAUCAACAAAAAACAGUCGAGCAGACCUUGUAGAAUUGUAGAUUGUGGGUGGCCGCUAUGUCGCACUAAUCAGAAGAGAGUUGAAGACAUAACUGUAAUAACUGUUCUCUAGUGUGGUCGAUACAAACGGACUAAAACUCAGAAGGUAUCAAAUUUGGACACAAGCUGGAUUAUUUUUAGUGAGUUUCCCUGUUAUAAUUCAGUUGACAAUAGCCGAAUGCGAUGACACAGUCUGGGCGGAAUAUACAAGGUGUAGUUUGCGGAAUUUUACAACAGCGUUCAAGGACUCAUUUUUUCAGAGAAACUCAAAACCGUGAAAGUAGAAGAAAGAGUAUAAAAGUGUACCCCAAAACCAGAGACGCAUUUUGGAGGGAACUCGAUCCAAUACAGAGAAGCAAAUUUACAAAAUAGAACAAAUAAAGAGCACGGCCAACAGUUUUAAAACGCAAAUUUAAGGGUCUGUUAUCUAAAUGCAACACUUACUAGAAAAAUCAACUUUGAUCUCAUUGUCGUCGUAACCAAACACUGGGAAACUAUGAAUAGUAUUUUGAAGAUUUUAGUUUUCCGCUUAAUUUGAAUUCGCUCGGUAUACAAUUUUGACGAAGGGCUAACGCACGAAAUGCCAGUUUUGAAAUUGUUUAUGGUGGCUAAUUUACAUCGUCUACUCAGUUGAUAGAACCAAAUUAUCUUGUUACAAUUCCCCACCGACGCAGCACCACAGUUUCUUUAGAAACUUAACCCUUUACACAAUUUUGGUUAUUUGUAUCUCGUAGGGAUUUACUUUGAUUUUUGAAUGCGCUACCCUAGUCAUUACGCUGAUCAUUUCCUCGUGUUGAGAUGAAUUCAUUUCAAUUCAGGCGACGCAAGAUUUCAAAAACUUGUACUGUAAUAAGAAACCCUUUCACUUUCGGGAGUGACUAACGAGGAAAUUCUCACCGUAUUAAUCAUUUUACAGUGACCAAAGUAACUUCGACUUCAGCCUGAAGAUUGAGUGAUAGUCUAAGCAAUUUUUUUUUAAGUUGAAAGAUGAACAAUAUCAUUUACAUGAUCCAAAAUGAUACAAGAAAUCAAUUGUGUUGCAUAAGUCUGGGGAAAUUAAAUUCCGGAAACCAUUAAUUCAGUAAUCAAUCGUUAGUAUUUAGAGAAUGUUGAUACAUUUACAGGUCUAAUUAGAUAAAAAGUAUCAAAAUUGAAAAGCGAUAUUUUUGUAUCAAUUCCUUUGCCCACUCAUGCAGUUUCUCGCGUGCGUACAUGAUUUUUGUUGGAUGUUUGAAACAGUUCGAAUAUACAGCCUUCCUUCCUUGUGUGAAUUUGUUAAGGGUGAAUUGAAAUAUAGUUUAAAAAACGUAACUUGAAUAUGUUAAUGGGGCGGCGGAAGAAUGAACGGAAAGGGGGAAGGGGCUGUAACCUUGCCGGCCUUGCUGAGUGCAGAAUCGGUUUUACAAGAUAUCCAACUUUGUGGUCUUUCCACAAAUCAUCUCUUCAGAAUCACGCUUCGCGAGAUAAUGUGCUGUGUUUUGAACAACUGCCUAGUUAUACACUGUCACAAUUUAACCACGACUACAACAGGUAGUUUUUAGCAUUGCAGAGGUUUUCCAGCUUAUGCCAACGCCAUUUUAGGAAAUUUGGUUUGGUUAGCAAUAAGCUCUCAUCUUUUAAACGUUCCGCUGCUCAAGCAAUGCUUAGGCUGUUCGAGCAAUGUUGAACAUAGAAACUUGGGUCCAUUUUAAACAACUAUGGCCGAAGCCAGUUCCAUUUGGCUAAUUGACCUUGAGUGACAGUGUCUAAAGAAUUUAAAUUCUACAAAGGGAAAUCGAACAUAUUUCUUUGUCUCGGUCCGUGCGACUGUCUGCUUCUUUAAAAAGCUUAACUAAAAUUAGCUGACCUCGUCUGAUAUUAUCGCAGCAGUUCAGACUACUUAGCUUGUAGUUCUAACAAAAAUUAAUGAUAAUCAUUCAGUUGUACGGAAAAUGAAAGAUGUUUGUAAACGAUUAAGAAGGUUUCUAUUGCACGCGAAAAGAAAUUUUGCUCGUACUUUCUUAGCCAACCUACGAACAAUUUGCAGAGCAAAGAACACUUGUCCAGUUGCCUGCGUAAAGUGUGAGAAGGAGUGUCAGUCUUGUUUGAAUAUUUAAUUUGGACGUCUAGGAACUGUGUAAAUUCAAUUUACAACUUCCAGAAAAUUGGGAAGGACAAAAUCUGUCCGUACUUUGCCGUAUUUUAGCUGUGUGCAGCGCCAGUAAAAAUAAUAUUUUAUGCUAAAAUAUGACUCCCUUCUCUCUGAUAAUUUUAUGGUUACUACAGAAUGAUUUUGUUUGGUUCCUGUCUUGGUUGAGUAAAAUCCUCUGUCUACAUUUCCUUUUUGUCACAGAAAUGAAAAUAAUGGUUUUGUAAAAGUAAACUAAGAAGUUUUAAAUUUUAUACACAAAAAUUAAUUCAUUCUAUUUGCAUUUGUUUCCAGACCCCUCGCUUUACUUUUUGUCACCUGACAUUUGUUAUUCUAACUCCUCCUUUUAAUAUUUCAGACGAACUUUCCCAAAUGUUCCAAGAAGCCGGCCUUGUUGAAGAACAAAACUAUGUUGACCGCCGACUUCAAGUGAAUCGCGGCCGGCAGCUGAAAAUGUAUCGUAUUUGGAUUCAGUGCAAGUAUAGGAAACCUAGAUAACAAAAGUGGAAAAACUGUCUGUAAAAAAGGAGGGAAUUCUCGAAUUCCAUGUAAUUGUUGUGAAAGCUUGAAUAUUUCUCAAGACUAUUGGAGAAAUCAGCUCAAUUUUAAGGAAACCAGCUACUCACCAAAGAUAAAUCUUGCAAGUGUAGCAUUUCUCUCCAUAUUAUUUAUUUAUUUACACCAAAUUUCCAUUUGCUUGAACCCCUUACCAAUGGAAUGAGAUACGAGGUUACUUAAUCAAACAUAAGAAAAAUAUUAUGAAAAAGAAAAGAAAUAAAACCUCACGUGCGUUAAAAAAGAAAUAAAGUGAAACUGCACGAAAGCAUUUUUAACUUGGGUACAAGAUAAUCAAAAUUUUCCAAAUUCCUUGCUAACAGCAGGGAUGGGACAUCCUCGCAUUUUUAAGAAUUAUUAAGUGCUUAGUUUCCCGUGAAUACACAUUUACUAUCCCUUUGAUCCUGAAAAGUGACUGACUUCUACAUUUACCUUACAUUACAUUCCUUGAAUCAAAU